CAUAAAAUCACUUCCUUUUUUCCACUCUUUCUUUUCUCUUUUCGUUACAUAUCAUGGCCUCAUUUUUCUUCGAAGACUAUCAUUUUCCUAGUGAGCUCUAUAGUCGAGAAACUGGUGAUUUUACAACACCUGUUCGAACUUUACUUGAUUUUGCUCCUCAUAUCCUACAAGAACUACCCAAGAAAGAGAAAGAACAAAAGCCAAUCAAUUCACCUUCAGAAGAUUCCUGGACAAAGAAUACAACACCAACAAGUUAUCUUGGAUCACUUCUCACAUCAGAAAGAGCGCAUGCUAUCGCGGAAUUUGUGAUACGAUGUGGAAACGAAUAUUUCAAAACAACAGAAGACAAAAGGCGUCAAGAACAAGAGUUUAAAGAGUUUGAGACACGAUAUAAGGAACAAAGACAAAAAAAGAGAGGUUGGUUUAAUACUUUUAGUUCAACAUCAGACAGUGAAGAAGAAACACUAGAGCAACAACUGAAGGAAAAAGAGGAAAAAGAGAAACAGGAAGCUAAGAGGAAAAAAGAAAAAGAAGAUCUAAAGGCUCUAGCACCUCAUACGUCAACAAGUACAAUGGCUAAAUCAGCAGUAGCAGCAAGUGUGUUGUCCUUAUCACUUUACUCUACCUAUCAGGCCAGUGUUAAAUUCAGUGAAGUCUCUUUUCAUAACCAACUUGAAAUUUUGAUCACACAAGUUCAGUCCAUACUUCAGAGUACUCAAGUAUGGAUUGAAGAGCAUGACAAAUUAGGCGACGGAGUACCUAAUCAGAUUCGAUCGGAUGUCAUACAACUGAAGCAGAUCGUUGAUUACCUGGUAAGAUUAGAUCCUCGCUCAAAUAAAAAGAUAGAAGCAGCCGGAUGGAGUUUCGGUGCUUUGGGUGGAUUAUCAGCUUUGGGUGGUCUUGCAUUAGGCAGUGCCACUGUGGCUACAGGUGGUGCUGCUCUUGCAUUAGGCGGUGUUGUCGUGAUGAUCUCUUCAAAAGCUCAAGGCAAAAGUCAGCUUGGUGCAAGACUUUUGUUAGAAAACCAAGUCCGUGAAAGAGUAUCUAGUUGCCAAAAAGCAAAAGAAGAACGUACACAACUUAUUGAGCAAGGCUUCACAAAUCAGAUAAAAAAGGAAAAGACAAAUUCUAUUGAGCCUGAAAAAGAAAAGCCAAGCAAACAGAAACCUGCAGUAACAAAUCAAGAGCCAUUGCAUAAAGCCAUACCUCUAUCAAAAAAAAAGGUUGUUGUACCAAAUUAGUUGCACAAACAUGACAUCAAUAUUAAAUAAAGUUACUCUGAUGAUAUGCUAAUACCCUUCUUCAAACUAUCUUGAAG